CUCGGAGCUACUUUUUUCCUGGGCCAUUUACUUCCAGGGUCCUUGGAAGCGGGAGGCAGCCCUGAUCCUUCCUGAGGCUGCUUCUCAAACUCUGGUUCUCGGCGCGCCGCUUUCCUCCCCCUCCUCCCGGCCUCCCUCAAAGGGGCCUCCGCCCCCUUCUUGCAAGCCCACUCCCCUGCCCUCCGGCUGCUGCGGGCUGGAGAGGCCGGGGAGGAAAUGACGUGAUGUUAUUUUUGUGUCAGGUCAGCUUCCAGCUUCAGUUUAGCCCUUGGAGCUCGGGCGCACGGCCCCGGCAGCCCAACUGCAUCUCGCUCCCGAGGGCGACCUGGGGACUAUAGGGACGCUCGGCGAUCGGUGCCCGGAGAGCUGGCCACAAGGUUCCUCCUCCGCUCUCGGGCCCCCACCCCUCUUUUAUCCCGGAUUCUCGAGUCCCCUGGGAACGGAGGGAGGCUGCGGAGGGUCUUGGCAGGAUCCGGAGUCGGGAGAUAGCUCUUGCUGCCGUGGUCCACCCCCCCACCCCCAAUAGGUGGAGCCUCUGGCUCCCGCUAGCCGAGAGUGGGCGAGGAGCCCCCUUCCCAGAACGGGUGGGAUAGCUAGAGACGGAGGUUGCACCGAGGUGGAGAGCUCCAAGGAGCACCCUGGGAAAGGGAGAAGCUGAUGGGCUCGGAACGGAGGGAGAUGCAGAAGCGACAGAUGUCUGCAGCCCAGGAGACAUCAGACUCCCUCCCGGGCCAGCACGGAGUGGGGAACCGAGGAUCCAACGCUUGCUGCUUCUGCUGGUGCUGCUGUUGUAGCUGUUCAUGUCUCACAGUUAGAAAUCAAGAACAGGGGCCUGGGAGGGCUUCCCAUGAACUCAGAAGAGACGACCUUCCAACCUGGGAAGAAAGCCCAACUCCUACUCUGGAAGAGGUCAGUGCCUGGGCGCAGUCCUUCGACAAGUUGAUGCUCACCCCAGCAGGAAGGAACGCUUUCCGCGAAUUCCUCCGGACGGAGUUCAGUGAAGACAAUAUGCUUUUCUGGAUGGCGUGUGAGGAACUGAAAAAAGAAGCUAAUAAGAGCAUUAUUGAGGAAAAGGCAAGGACAAUAUAUGAAGACUACAUUUCUAUUCUUUCUCCUAAAGAGGUCAGCUUAGACUCCCGAGUCAGAGAAGUCAUCAACAGGAACAUGGUGGAGCCAUCCCAACACAUAUUCGAUGAUGCACAACUUCAGAUUUACACCUUAAUGCACAGAGACUCAUAUCCCCGAUUCAUGAAUUCUGCUGUCUAUAAAGAUUUGCUCCAGUCCUUAUCUGAGAAAUCCGUUGAAACAUAGGAUGUUAUCAACUAUAUUUAUUUUUAAUAAAAUAAUAAAGACUCAUGGACUAUGUCUAGUACAGGGAACUUAGAGGUAGCAGCCAGGGUCUUCUGCUGCACUAAUACGGGGCUAUUUUAAUAACAGAUGCUUCCUUCCACAGAAGGCUACAUGUUCACAGUGUAAAUUGCAGCCACCGUUAGUGCUACUUAUGAAAAAAUGGACAUGGCUGUCUUAGAAAGGUAGUAUAUUUACAUUUACAAUAACAGCGGCGCGUUCUGAAUGGCAAGGGAUCCACUACAAGACUGCACCUACCUGGAGCAUGGACACCCACUGGGGCAACAGGACUGCUUUUGUUCUGCGUGAGUUCAGUACCUGAUUACUCUCUUCCCGAAGAAAAGACACUCAGCUGUUUCUCAACUCCCCCUUCAGUCCAUCAAGCUCAGUUUUGGAUAUUUCACUUACCAGGGCCAUUACAGGACCCAAAUUCCCAUUUCAUACAGAUGUGACCACUUGUAAAAAAAUGGACUUCCCCUUAAUCUGAGAUUAUAUGUAUGUAGUACAUAGAUGUGUGUGUGUAUCUAUCCAUGGUUAAUGUGAAGCACAGUGCUCUGAAGUGCAUCCAUCUCAAUGUUUGGUAAGAGAAGUAGUGCUG